GUUCCCAAAUCGACGACUGUCGCGUAGCCAUCGACUGGGGAGUGGGGGCUGCAAUGCAAUUAUGCAAACAACUCUUUGUCUCGCUGCUAUUCUGGAGACCCCUCCACUCCACUCAUUCAUCGUCCGUUUAGCGUCGCUAUCGACUGACGGCUGCAAUGCAAAGCAACUCCCGCUGCUAUUUAGAGACCCCUCCACUCCACCAUCUUCCGCACUGACCAUCUAGCCGUCUCUGCAUCGACCUUUUCACAACCAUUAUGGACGGGGGAGGAGGAGGGUUGAAGCCGAUGGACUCAGAGCAGCUGAGAGAGUAUGGACACCAGAUGGUUGAUUUUGUUGCUGACUACUACAAGAAUAUCGAGAAUUACCCUGUUCUCAGCCAAGUCGAGCCUGGCUACCUUGUGAAACUGCUGCCUGAUGCAGCACCGAAUCAACCUGAAUCAUUGCAGAGGGUUCUUGAUGAUGUUCAGUCGAAGAUACUUCCAGGGGUGACUCAUUGGCAAAGUCCAAACUUUUAUGCUUACUAUCCUGCCAACAGUAGUGUUGCCGGGUUCUUGGGAGAAAUCCUGAGUGCUGGGAUUAACAUGGUGGGUUUCAGCUGGAUAACUUCUCCUGCUGCCACGGAGCUCGAGAUGAUUGUGCUAGAUUGGCUUGGUAAAUUGCUUAAACUGCCACAGGAAUUCCUCUCAUCAGGACAUGGUGGAGGAGUGAUACAAGGAAGUGCAAGUGAAGCUGUUCUGGUUGUACUGUUGGCUGCUCGUGAUAAGACGUUGAGGAUGGUUGGCAAAAGUGCCCUUGGGAAGCUAGUUGUUUAUGGAUCUGAUCAAACACACUCUGCGUUACAGAAAGCCUGCCAGAUAGCUGGAAUUCAUCCUGAAAAUUGCCGGCUGCUGAAGACAGACUCGUCAACAGAUUAUGCUCUUUCUCCGGAAAUAGUUAGUGAAGCGAUUUCACAUGACAUUUCUAUUGGAUUGAUCCCCUUCUUCCUAUGUGGAACUGUCGGUACCACUUCGUCAGCAACUGUUGAUCCCUUGUAUUCUCUGGCCAAGAUUGCCAAGAGUAAUGGCAUGUGGUUUCAUGUGGAUGCUGCAUACGCUGGAAGUGCCUGCAUAUGUCCGGAAUACCGCAAGUACCUAGAUGGUGUCGAAGAAGCAGACUCUUUCAACAUGAAUGCGCACAAAUGGUUCUUAACCAACUUUGAUUGUUCUGCCCUGUGGGUCAAGGACAGGAAUGCUCUCAUCCAGUCCCUCUCCACAAAUCCAGAAUUUCUGAAGAACAAGGCCUCACAAGCUAAUUUGGUGGUGGAUUACAAAGACUGGCAAAUCCCUCUUGGACGUCGGUUCAGGUUUUCCUUAUAUACCUUAGGCUCCAAGAAAUUUAUGAUUCCGUAUAAAGAAUGGUUGGUCAUUGAAACCUGAAUACCGGGGUUUGACACCUAACCUUGUAAGAUUUAGUUCUUACACCACCAACGCUUAUCAUUAGGUCAUUGAAACUAUGGAUGGUACUACGAUUAUAUGGUGUGGAAAAUCUACAGAACUACCUCAGAAAUCAUAUCGAGCUGGCAAGAUACUUCCAAGUGUGUGUUGGCCAAGACCCAAGAUUUGAGAUUGUCGCCCCACGUAAAUUUUCGCUGGUCUGUUUUCGCCUCCUACCUCCCGUCGACGACAAUGAAACUCGUGGUAGCAACAAACUGAAUCAGGACCUGCUGGAAGCUGUCAAUUCAACCGGGAGAGUUUUCAUAACACACACUGCCUUAUCAGGGAUGUACACAUUGCGGCUCGUGGUUGGAGCACCAUUGACGGAGAGGAGACAUAUAGAUGCAGCGUGGAAAGUGCUGCAAGAUGAGGCAUUUACUCUGCUUUGUAGUCCACUUCAGGAAAAUGGCAACCUCCCUAAGUCUCCACCACCUAUUGGAUUUUUUGGGAAUGGUUUUAAAGCAGAACCAUUACCGCAAAAGUGAUAAAGCUUUUGUAGUUUGAAAUCCGAAAUUCCUGGUGAAACUAGAGAAAUCCAUUGGGUGUGGUGUUGUUAGAAAUUGCAUAUUUGGGUUUGUUAAAAAAAAAAAGAAAUUGCAUAUUUGGGGAUUUAAAGGGAGAAAUUGGGAAUUAGGAAUUGAAGAAUAAAAAUUGGGGAAUAACAAGAAAAAAUGGUUGUUGGUCCUUUAGAGAAAGAUACACUAGAUUCCAGAGAAUAGAGAGAUUAAGGUUUGAGAUACAUCUCUGUAAUAUUCGUUAUUGAUUGAUUCCAACGUAAUACACAAGUAAAUUUAUGUAAGCAGUUACUGAAAAAAUUAAUAAAUAAUCUAAUACUUUUCGAAUA